AUGGGGCGGGCCACGGAGGCGGCGCGGGCGCGCGGCCAGAGGGGAUGCCGGGCGACGCCGCGGGGGAACGGCCCCCAGCCCAGGGACAUCAACAUGUUCUCGGCGGCCCAGGAGCGGGCGCAGGACAAGCUGCUCGGCCGCCGCAUCUCCGAGGAGGAUCCCUUCGGCCUCGGCGGCUACGGCGGCAUCGACGCCAUCACCUGCCUCAACCUCAAGUCCACCUACGAGUCCGGGGUGCUGAGGGAAGCUUCCCGGGGCUGGAAGGAGGGCAGGAGCAUCUUGGAGAAGGAGUCGAGCGGGAAGCCUGUGGCUCGCAGCAAGACCAUGCCCCCCCAGGUGCCCCUGCGGACGUACGGCAGCAGGAAGAACCUGGCGCCCGGCAAGAACCGCAGGAUCUCCGUCGACCCGGCGCUGUGCUACACCCACGACGAGCUGCACGCCGUCGACGUCGAGGACUUCCUGCUCAAGAUCUGCGGCCUCGAGGAAUUCCUGCACAAGAUCUGCUUCCCAGUCCAGGUGAACCAUCUCCCACGGGAGACGCUGCUCAGUGUCACGCUCUUCGCUGUGCCCGUCCCACCCCCAGGCAGCUCCUCCGACACCAACAAGCAGCGGCGGGUCCCCGAGGCCCUGGGCUGGGUGACCACCCCCCUCUUCAACUUCAGGCAGGUCCUGACCUGUGGCAGGAAGCUCCUGGGCUUGUGGCCAGCGACCCAGGACAACUCCCAAGCCAGGUCGAGUGCCCCCAACUUCCACCAGCCCGACAGUGUCAUCCUGCAGAUUGACUUCCCCACCUCGGCCUUCGAGGUGAAGUUCACCAGCCCUCCCGCAGCCGAGUUCAGCCCCCGGUACGAGUUUGGCAGCCUGGGGGAGGAGGAGCAGCGCCAGCUGCGGGAGGCCAUGCAGAAGAAAUCACUCUACUGCUGCCCCUCUCUGGCCAUGUCCCCUCAGCAGGGACAGCUGCCCAGCCCCUCGUCCAGCCUGGCACGGCCAAGGCUCGCCCUGACGGGCUGUGCCUUCCUCCCUUGGCAGGACUGCUCCUACUUCAACUCCAACGCCGUCCCGCUCAAGCUCUCCUUCCAGAACGUGGAUCCCCUGGGGGAAAACAUCCGAGUCAUCUUCAAGUGUGGCGAUGACCUGCGGCAGGACAUGCUGACGCUGCAGAUGAUCCGGAUCAUGAACAAGAUCUGGGUGCAGGAGGGGCUGGACAUGCGCAUGGUCAUCUUCCGCUGCUUCUCCACGGGCCGUGGGCGAGGCAUGGUGGAGAUGAUCCCCAACGCUGAGACCCUGCGCAAAAUCCAGGUGGAGCACGGCGUGACGGGCUCCUUCAAGGACCGGCCGCUGGCAGACUGGCUGCAGAAACACAACCCCGAGGAGGACGAGUAUGAGAAGGCCGUGGAAAACUUCAUUUACUCCUGCGCCGGCUGCUGCGUGGCCACCUACGUGCUGGGGAUCUGUGACAGGCACAACGACAACAUCAUGCUCAAGACCACGGGCCACAUGUUCCACAUCGACUUCGGCAGGUUCCUGGGCCACGCGCAGAUGUUCGGCAACAUCAAGAGGGACCGGGCGCCGUUUGUCUUCACCUCGGACAUGGCCUAUGUCAUCAACGGCGGGGACAAGCCCUCCAGCCGCUUCCACGACUUCGUGGACCUGUGCUGCCAGGCCUACAACCUGAUCCGCAAGCACACCCACCUCUUCCUCAACCUGCUGGGGCUGAUGCUGUCCUGUGGCAUCCCCGAGCUCUCCGACCUGGAGGACCUCAAGUACGUCUACGAUGCCUUGAGGCCACAGGACUCUGAUGCCGAUGCCACCACCUACUUCACCAGGUUGAUCGAGUCCAGCCUGGGCAGCGUGGCCACCAAGCUCAACUUCUUCAUCCACAACCUGGCGCAGAUGAAGUUCACGGGCUCGGAUGCCCGUCCCACGCUCUCCUUCGCCCCCCGCACACACACCCUCAAGACGUCCGGCCGGAUCCGCGACGUCUUCCUGUGCCGCCACGAGAGGGUCUUCAACCCCAGCAAGGGCUACACCUACGUGGUGAAGGUGCAGCGGGAGAGCCCGGGCGAGGUGACCUUCGUGCAGCGCACCUUCGAGGAGUUCCAGGAGCUGCACAACAAGCUGCGCCUCCUCUUCCCCUCCUCGCUGCUGCCCAGGUACCCCCGCAGCCCGCUGCGGGCCGAGGCCGUGCCCGAGGUCGAGUUCCUCCGCAGCAAGCGCCUGGCGUUCCUCCAGCGCUGGCACCUGCCCGUGCCCGACCCCGACCACGGCUACCACAGCCUGGAGGAGGAGCAGCAGCACAGGGACGUUCGCCGGGAAGCUGCGGGGCACUGGGACCAGCGGGGCGGUGCCGGGCAGCUGGAGCAGCCCGAGGAUCCAGGGAGACAGCCCGUGGAGCAGGAGGGGGUCCGGGAUGCGGAGGAGGAGGAGGAGGAGGAGGAAGUGUUGCCUGUAGGGGAUGGUGAGGACUCGGACACAGAGCAAAACCUCCCGGUUUCGACCAGACCUGCGUGUGCGAAUAAAUUAAUCGAUUAUAUCAUCGGGGGAGUUUUCAGCGGGGAGGAGAGUGAGGGUGAGGAGGAUUGGGAUGAUGAUGGUGAUGAUGAUGACGAUGACGGGUUCGACAGCGAAGAGCUUCCCUCGGACUCAGAGGCCGGCAGCCAGGACGGGGAGAGGCUUCACCUCUGGAAUUCCUUCUAUAGUUUGGAUCCCUACGACCCUCAGAACUUCACAGCCACCAUUCAGACAUCUUCCAGCGAUCCGGGAAGGGAGAUGUCGGAUGUGGAAGAGGAGGAAGAAGAAGAAGAAGAAGAUUCGUGGGCAGAAUCCUCCUCAGGCUCUGCUCAUAGUUCUGAAGAGGAGGACGAGUGGGACUGUGGCAGCGUGGAUGAGGCAGAAAGCUUGAAACUUUGGAACUCGUUCUGUACCUCGGACGAUCCAUACAACCCUCUAAAUUUCACGGCAGCCUUUCAGACCGCAGAGAAAAAAGGGACGCCGAGUUCGGUCCCUGCCGAGCACUUCACUGUGUGCCGGGUACAGCUGGAGAGACGCAGCUGUGGGCUCGGUGACUUGGGGCACCGUGGGAUUCUGUCCGGCGAGAAAGCUGCGAAUUCCAAGCGGAAAAAGGUCACCUUCCUUGAAAAAGUGACUGAGUAUUACAUAAGCAGCGAGGAGGAUCGGAAAGGACCCUGGGAGGAGAUGGCACGAGAUGGAUGCAGGUUCCAGAAACGGAUCCAGGAGACAGAGGAAGCCAUAGGAUACUGCUUCACCUCAGAGCAUAGACAGAGAGUAUUCCACAGACUCCAGGAAAGCUCCUCCCAGAGGGUUGAUCCCUUCUAGCACCUUACCCCACCUUAGCUGUGUGACCCUAAAACACCCAUGAACACCUACACAAGAAGUGGCAGCUGCAUGUGCUAUUCUGGAAUGGGGAGAGAAGUGGGAUUGGAAUUGUCCCAGUUUUUGUGUAUUCAGCCUGCAAAUAUCCCUGAGUGUCCCAUUUUGAUAUCCAGGUGAAAUCCUGGAGGGUGAGAGUGGUCCAGUCUCAUUCCUUUUGAUUAACACUUGACACCCAGACUGCUUUAGGUGAAAUGCAUUCCAAAAAAAAAAAAAAUGCCUUGUCUGCCGUCUGUUGGGAAGUGGUGACUGUUUAGUUGGAUUUUUGCACUUUGAAAAAAAAGCAAAACCUAUUUUGAAGGAGAUAUUUAUGGGGCUCAGCCCCUGGUAUUGCAGUUUUGAUUUAAAGUUUCCCGAGAGUCGUGGUGUUUUCUCGUUGUUCUCCACCUUGUACAAAAGUCUCACAUGUUGUUCUCUAAUAACUUUGACUUAACUGUGUGAAUCCCUCCUUCUAGAUCCCAGUUUUGCAUGGAAUCCAGUGUUUUGAGUGUUUAUGUAGCAUUUUGAUGUCAAUGUUUCAGUCAGGCACACUGGGGGAGCUCUGGUGCAUCACAAACCCUUUGGUUUGACUUAUUUAAAUAAUACCUUGAGCCAGGACUAUUCCAGAGGGUUCUGGCUGCUUGUGCACCACAUUUCUUGCCUUUUAAGGCAGGGAAGUUUCUCAUCCCAAUCAAUAAUUAAAGCUUCAAGGCACACGUGGAGGCUGUGGGUGAUGUUUGAAUUUAGGGAGCCACGCAAGGGAACUAGUCCCUAAUUAUUUAUUUACUCUAAGAAUAACUUUGCUAUAAUUCUGCUUUAAAAUAGAGAUUGUGGUGGAUUCUUGUAUCCAGCCUGCUUGUUCUGGUACUUUUAAGGAGAAUUAUCUCUGAUUUAAGGAAAUCUGAAGGCAGCAAAUCACCGUGUUCUUUACCAAAAGCCAGUAUUAACACUCUGUGUGUCUGCACUGGGUCACCUGGGACAAACAACAUUCCACCUGUGGAAAGCUGAGCUCCUUGGUGGAAGGACAGCACUCCUGAUUUAUAUUCCUAACUUCAAAUAUUGAAUUAGUUCAGUUAAGAUAAAGAGCAGCACUGUUGGAGGGGGGUGUUUGGACCUGUUGGCCAAGCAGGUGUGAGGUCACCCAGAGCCCCAAACUGGAAGAAUUCCUGUCUGUUUGCACCAAAAUGGGUGAAAAAAAUAAAUGAGUUGCUGCUUGGUUUGUUUGUUUGUUCAGCUGAGCAGAAUCAUUUCCCUUUUGUAGGGGAGAAACCUUAAAAGUACUUUAAAUUUGUGAUGAAUCGUUUCAGUUUUUAAUUUGCAAGAAAAAUCACAGCUCCCUGGAGGGAAAAGCUUCUCCCCAGGGCUUUACUUUCUGCUUUGCUGUGGGGUCAUUUUGGCCAGGUCUUAAUUCUGACUCAAAAAUUUCCGAGUUUUUUGGCUUCAUGCUUUAAUCUCCUUGCACUUCUGAGGUUUUUAAAAAUUGAUUUGCUGUGUUUGCACUUAGAAAAUUCAGAGGAUUUGCUGAAUUACAGCAGAGUUGUGUAAACUUCAAAUCCAGCCAAAAAUUCCUGCAGCAUUUCAGAGGGGCUGCAUGAAGGCAAUGCAGCAAUGUUGGUUUCCAUCUUCCCCCUCCCCCCAAAAAAAAAAUUUGAUUCUCUUUUCCUACAAAAAAAUUCCAGCUGUGAAAUUGUAAAUUCUGAUCAGGCCCUCAAAUCCUGGGAAAUCAUCUCGGAAUUUCUAGGAGCCCAUUUUGCUGUCUCAUGUUGGAUCUGCUUUUCAGCUUAGGGAAAAGGGGUGAUAAACGUGGAAUUAGAAGGGAUUUGUUGGUUUAUGGUCAGUGUGAUCAGUACAAACCUGCUGCUCCUGGCAAGUCACACUACAGCCCUUUUUCCAUGAAUUUCCCAAUGUCUUUGAUCUUGGAGAACUUGGUGCUUCAGUUUUUCGUGGACAGCUCGUUUUUAUUGGUGCUUUGUGAGGAGCUUUGGAGUGGUGGGAAUGAACACCUGCAAAAAGCCUUGGAAAAACCUGUCCCUGGGAACAAACAGAAUUGAUAAAUUAUGGGUAAAUUAGAUCAACAACUGCUGCUCCCAAAGUGCUUAAACACUGGAAAAAUGGCUUUUACCCAUCCUGAAGUGUGUCCAGCACUCCCACUGCUGCUUCCCACCUGCUCGGGUGAGCUUUUCCACUGCUCCAACCUCACGUUUUCCAAGGAUCCAGUGUAAGGUGAGAGGGAAUUAACACUAAAUUCAUCACCAUAAACAUCUUUUAGAACUCGGUGUCACCCUUUCUUCCCUAGAAAAUUCCUUAAACUGGUCGUUCAGGCCGUGUCCAUGUGUCAGUGCUUGGGGUGAGACAGUAAAAAUAACACUUGUAGGACUUUAAAUCAAAACUGUGAUGAGCAGAUUUUAUUUUUGUAUAAUUUAGAGAAAACUUAGAAAACCUUCAGCAUUGGCUUUAUACAGAUUUUACUUGAUUUGUGUCGAGUUUGUUGGGUUUUUAUAUCUAAAGUUCUAUUUCUGUACAUAAUAAACUAUUCAGAACUAAUCUGUAAAUUGUAAUAAAGAUAUUUGCAAGAUAA